CCUGCUGCACUUAAAGGGUCUAACAUCCCCCGCGCAUCGCGUCUACAGUCCAACUCUCCCCUAACGCCUCUCCAUCCGAUCAUACUCGCACGACGUGCGUCUCCGAAACGAACCUCUUCCUCGAAAACAGACACAGCAGAAUAGAAUAGGACAGGGCCCCAUGCCCGUGCUGCCAACAUGAGGUUCCCCCCGCCUGAGGUCAUGGCGACGUGGCCAGAGCCGAAUUAUAUCGAUCCAGUGCGCCGUGGUAACGAGAGUAUUAUUAUCCAGGCCGUCCUGGUGGCGCUGGUGGUCCUGUUUGUGUCGAUUAGGUUAUAUGCGAGGUUAGCGAUUACGAAGGCGGGGAUUGGGUUGGAUGAUGUGCUUAUUGUUAUUGCCGCGAUUGUUGGGCUGGGCCUAACGGCGGGGGUUAUACUCGCGAUACAUAAUUAUGGGUGGGAUAUACAUGUGUGGGAUCUGCCUCCGAAGGAUAGCAUUACAAGUCGAAAGGUCAGCUGGGCAAGCAUGCUCCUCUACCUCACCUCCUCCUCCCUCACCAAAAUCUCCAUCCUCGUCUUUUACCUUCGCAUCCUCGUCGAGAAGAAGGACAAGCUCAUCACCAAAAUCACCCUCGGCGCAAUGAUAAUCUAUUACGUCGUCCUUCUUAUCGUCCUCUUCGCCCAGUGCCGCCCCCUACCAUACUACUGGGAAAUUCUCAUCGCCGGUGCCAAGGGCACCUGCUUAGAUGAGGGAGUGCACAUGGUCACCGCCGGCGUUCUCAACCUCAUCUUCGACCUCAUCAUCUUCGCCAUCCCCCUCCGCUCCCUCUUUACACUCAAAAUCCGCACCACCCAGAAGCUACAGGUCAUCUCCCUCUUCUCCGUCGGGCUGAUCGUCAUCGCCGCCGCCUCCAUCCGGCUGUACUACAACGUCGUCGUCUUCCUCCAAACCUACGAUGUGAGUUGGUACGGCUACGUCGCCUGGCUCUGGGCAGCUGUCGAAGUGCAUGUUAGCAUCAUCUGCGCGUGCGUGCCUAGCUGCCGCGCGUUCUUCGCUAGUUGGACGGUGAGGGGUUCGAGUAAGAACCGCAGCGGCCAAGGAACCUAUCCUAGCAAGCCCGGAGGAAGGAGUUUUCAUAAUUUGGAUGCGGAAGAGGAUGCGAGGUUGACGAGCGUCAAGAUGGGGAGUAUGGCGAGGGUGGAGGCGGGGAGUGUGAAGAGUGGUGUCAGUGGGGAGAGCGAGGAGACGAGGGAGGGGGUGAGAGUACAGAUGGAGGUGCUACAAUAUCAUGAGGGAGUAGGGGAUAAGAGAGGUGGUGUGAUGGUGUAGACAUAUUAGGGGGAGGAUAAAAAUAAUUUAUAUUUAUGUGGUUGGAAUUGGAAUUGGAGUAAGUAAUAGAUGAAAUAGACGCCAUAGAAUUUAGACAGAGGGCCGCGAGGCAAAAAUCUACGGAUUAUACAGUACAGUACUGUACAG